ACUGAGUCAACGACCAACUCGCGAUCGCCCAGCACUUGUGUGGAGAUGCGCACAAGGACAUCUGUGCAGCACCGCGCAACGCACAGUACGCCAAGGCAUACUGUACUGUACUCUCGCUUCACCGAGGACCAAAUGCACACACAUUGAAACACGAACAUUUAUUUCCUUUGCAAGGAGAGUUUUAACGAGACGAGGCUUUGACUUGACCCCGAAUUAAAAGUAAUACGCAGAUUUUUUUUUUUAACAAUCCCGUCGGAGGAGUCUUAACUCUUCCUCCCCGUUCCAGGUGAUGCCCUCUGAUUUCAUCUCGCUCCUCAGCGGGGAUUUGGAUCUCAAUUCACCGAAGAGUGCGUAUUCCAAAGAAUCUGUCUAUGACCUACUGCCAAAAGAGCUGCGGCUUCCAUCAAGUGAAACAAAAAUUGUAUCAAUGAGUCAGAAAAGUGGAGGUGAUGAAGCAACUUCUCCCCACUCAGCCGCAGUUGCGCCUGAUGUCUCCUCCAGCGGUGGUCAAAGCAACACCUUCACCCCAUCUUCCAAACCUAGCAUGCAUUCUACCUCAGUAACUGACAACACAUCUAUGCAAGUAGAUAGCUGCACUCCAGAACAGGGGGUAAGUGCUCAUGGGGUAAGUGAAUUACUGAGCUAUGAAAACCAGUUAAGUAAUGCCCCACAGCUACAGUCCACCCCCAAAAGGAGAACAGUCCUCAACAUCUCUCCACCACCUGAAGAUUUGCUGGAUGACAGCAGGAUGUCUUGUCAGGAUGAUGCAGGUGACUCGGAACAGAGCAAUAAUAUUUGGAUGGAUGAAUCGGGCUCUAACUACAGCAUCAUGAGUUCUAGUUCCUAUAACGACAACACAACAGUACCACGGAAAUCACGAAAACGUUCACCUAAACAACGGCCUGGAUUUGUGCGUGUGGAUGAUGAAGAGUCAAAUAUGGAUGUCUUUGAUGCAGACAGUGCAAAAGGACCCCAUUAUGUACUUUCUCAACUCGUCUCAGAAGGCAAAAACAGCUCAAAGGGAAUCAAUGGAACAACAGAACCACCAAAAACUUCUUUAAAGAAGUGCCCAACACUAUGUGCUCACUAUCCUGGUAAAGUUGAGGGCAAAGAACUGAAAGUACUGGUACAACCUGAGACACAACACAGGGCACGGUACUUGACGGAAGGUAGCCGUGGCUCUGUGAAAGAUCGGACACAGCAAGGUUUUCCAACAGUGAAGUUGGAAGGUUACAGUGAACCGGCAGUCCUACAGAUUUUUGUUGGUAAUGAUUCUGGCCGAGUCAAACCUCAUGGUUUUUACCAAGCAUGCAAAGUCACUGGGCGAAAUACUACUCCUUGCAAGGAGGUGGAUAUUGAAGGAACAACUGUGAUUGAGGUCAACUUGGAGCCUGGAAGUAACAUGACAUUAGCAGUUGACUGUGUGGGAAUAUUAAAGCUCAGGAAUGCUGAUGUUGAAGCACGUAUUGGCAUUGCAGGAUCCAAAAAGAAAAGCACUCGUGCACGAUUGGCGUUCCGAGUAAAUAUUGUUCGUGCAGAUGGGUCUAUUUUAACUCUGCAGACGUCUUCUUCAUCCAUCCUCUGCACUCAACCAGCAGGAGCACCUGAGAUAUUGAAAAAAAGCCUACAUACUUGCUCAGUGAAAGGAGGUGAAGAUUUAUUUCUGAUUGGAAAAAACUUUUUGAAAGGCACAAAAGUUAUUUUUCAGGAAAACAAUUCAGAUGACACCAAUUCUUGGAAUUCAGAAGCUGAAAUAGACAUGGAACUUUUUCAUCAGAAUCACCUUAUUGUGAAAGUUCCUCCGUACCAUAAUCAACUUAUAACAACACCAGUUUCAAUUGGCAUAUAUGUCAUAACCAAUGCUGGAAGAUCACAUGAAGUACAGCCUUUUACCUUCACUCCAGAUCUGGCAAACUCAUCAGAUAUCAUUGUGAAGAAAGAAAUUGGUGUACAACCAUGUUCCAUUGACGAAGCAAUGAAAGCUGCAGUAGCGAAAGUCACAGGCUGUAAUCCAGACGAGCCAAAUCUUCCCAGUGCCUUGUUGUCACCACUUCUGCCACCUGUUGUGGUGAAGAUUGAAGAAACCAUUUCAAUGGACCUGAUAUCGAAUCAGACACCAUCUGCAGUCUUUAAAAAUCAAGAGAUGGGAGCUGGACAGCAGUCUCUAGAAAUCUCUUCAAACAUCACAACUGGGAGUUCAUUCUCUGGAUCUGCCUCAAGGCAAGGAGGAGACAGUGAUCAGCACCAACAAAUUGAAUCAAAUGUGUUUUCAAGCACAGAUGACUUAUCUGCCGUACGGAAGCAAGACAUUUCUCAGCCAUGUACAUUUCAAACAUCAAAAUGUACCACCCAGGUUCAGAAUAACGAAGGCUUGCUUCAGCAACCAUCCCCGUUUCACAAUACUGGCUUACUGUUAGAUUCAAGAGAAGUACAACCAAGAGACAUUUUGCAGUCUGAUGUAUCCUUAUCCCAAAUGCCCGAGUCAUCACUGCAGCAGCAACAGAAGCAACAGCAGUCGCAGACCCAGGCACUCCAAGAACAUUCACCCAAUAUUUUCCAACAGAGCAGCAAUGCAUCACAGUUGCAAAAUGCUUUGCAGUCUAUGCAAUCGGGAAACUUUCAGACAAAUUCUGAAAAUGCCUUAAGUGGCAAUGUAAGUCUUCAACGGACUUUGGAGGCGACUCAGCAACAGUUGGCCUCCGUUUUAUUUACUGGAUCCAGCCCGUCUGAGACGAUGCAGCAACCUGUGGAACAGGUGCAAGAGCAAAUGAACGCAGGGAUGUUCCACCAAGUAAGUGCAAUGCAGAACAAUCUCCCCCGAGAUCUGUUCUCAAAUUCAGAUAACUCAUCUCUCCCUAGAUCUGACAAUGUUCUUUCUGGACCUGAGAAUUCAUUGUCAAAUCAACAAGUGUUGGAAUCCUCAACAAACAUGAUGUUGGGAUUGCAACAGAACAUUUGUCAAGGAUCAGGACAACUGCAGUCAGAUUUGUACCAAUCCUCUUUAAAUGGAAGCCUCCAACAAUCUGAUAUCUUUCAGCAAACUUCUCAUGUUCUGUCUAUUCAAACCAGUGAUGGAAACCAACAUCAGAUACCGCACAGCGGAUUAUUUUCACCCACUACAACAGUAGCUGGGAAUGAAAAUGCAGGAAAUCCACAGCAGCAAACAUCUUCAUCAGGUAUCUAUCAGUGCUCUAAUUCUAUGGUUGCUGUGGAGGACACAUCAGUGCAGCCCAACCAGAGGCAAACGGAUAUGUUUGAAUCUAUUGUGCAGUUGCAGCAAAGUGGAGAGAAUCAGCCUCAAGUAACUUUAUUUUCAAAUGCAGAUGGCAUUAUCCAUGUUGAAACUGGUGGCUCAUCACAACCAACUGGGAUAUUUCAACAGAGUGGAGAAAUGAUGUCCAGUCAACCUGGAAACUUCCUUCAGCAAUCCCAUCCAUCGUCAGAACUAUUCCAUCCACAAAAUUCCCUAAAUCAAGUACAAAGUGCAGGUCAUUCACAGUCUGGGCUUUUCCACUGCCCUAACACUGUUCUGCAACAUCAGAAUACUGCUGCUUCCCAAGACCAAGUGCAGUCAGCAUUAUUUCAUUCUCAAGGCUCUUUGGCAGUUCUCCAAGGCUCGUCAAUCGCCCAAGAUCAGCAACAGGGCACUCUUUUUCUUUCCCCAAACUCUUUGCCUUCGCUUCAAAAUAACAACAUUUCACAAGAAAAACAAGUCAGCUUUUAUUCACCACAGAGCACAAUUCCAACACUCCAGAGUUCAGGAAACCCAGAGCAACAAUCUGUGAAUGUCUUUCAGACCCAGGCACAAAUAUCUCAGAUUCAGAAUAACAUGAUUGCUCAAGAACAGCAACAACAGCAGCAGAACCUUUUUCAACAUCAAGUGGCCUUAUCCUCUUCCCAAACUAACACUUCCCCCCAAAAUCAGCAAGCAUCUAUCUACCAGACCCAACAUUCAAUAGCUGCACUUCACAACAGCCCUUCACCUCAAGACCAACCUCAGAAUGUUCUAUUUAAUUCUCAGAAUUCAUUAAAUAACAGCUUAGCUUCCCAGGAACAACAGCAGAACAUCCUUUUCAACUCUCAGAAUUCCAUGCCUGCAAUGAAUACAAAUUUAACUUCCCAAAAGCAACAGAACCAAACACUUUUUCAUACUCAGCCUAAUAUGGUGUCAGUUAAUCAAGAACAGCAAUCAUCCAUACAAUUCCAAAACCAGACUACGGUUUCUUCACUUCAGAAUAAUGGGACGUCUCAGGGAGAUCAGAAACAGUCGUCCGUUUUUCAUGGUCAGCCUCAAAUGCAGCUGGUUCAAAGUUCAGGAGGCACCCAAAAUCAGCAGGUGACACUGUUCAUAUCUCAAAGUUCAAUGUCUGCAUUACAGAAUAACAUGAAUCAACAAGAUAUACAGCAGUCUAAUGUGUUUAAUCCUCAAAAUAAUGGCCCCGUACUUCAAAACAACACAUCUGUAUCAGGCCAGCAACAAAAUACACUUUUUCACCCCCAUGGGACCAUGAAUCAGCUUCAGAACUCACCUACGUCAGCACAACAACCAACGGGCUUAUAUUUGUUUGGAAUUCAAAAUGAUUGCGGACAAUUGAUGAGCAUAACAAAUGUGUCUCAGCAAUGCUCAACUGGACCAUCUUUGUCUGAUCAGCUGCUUGUGAUAAACCAGUCGGGGCAAUCGCAGGCCGAAGGACAAGCCGUUUCUCCACUUCUCUCACAGCAGAUGGCUGACACGAGGCAACUAUCAUCUACCAUUCCUGUUGAACAGAACAUGGAAAAAAUUGAUGACAUCCUUGUCUCAUUACAGAACCAGGGAAGAAACAUCAGCAGCUCUUUUAAUCCAUAGGUAUUCGUAUGGUACAAAUUUAAGAAGACAUGAAGAAACGUCAAACCUUUAUGAAACUACAAGCCUGUCAUAUGAAGGGAAAAUAGAACUGUGACUGUACUGUGAAGGGAAAGUUAAAGUAUUGAUAUUGUUUAUAUCCAUUUCCGCUUUUAAAGCCAAUCCUUUGACCUACAUUUUAAAUCAUUAUGAAGCUAAUUAUUUUUCAAUUCAGUGCACUUUGAGUGCAUAAAUACAGAUCUUCAGUGAUGACGUUUUGUUACCAUUCCACUUUGGAAGGUACAACAACUAACAGAGUGCAUCUUUACAGUUAGCCAACUCCCUGUAAAAAAACCCUGUAAUUUAACAUAUUUUGGCGCAAAUGUUAUCAAAGCCAAUAAGCACGUGGUAAAUAACACUCAGCAAAAAAACUAAGAAUACGGACAACAAAUUAAGAAACUAAAAGAUCAGCUACUUGUGCUAAAUGUCCAUAUAUAGCGGCAGUGUGAGCUAUACGCUUUUUGAAAUUCAAAUUAAUUACAUUUCAGAAGUGUUGUACAAUGUGCCAUCAUUUCAAUGUGUCGAGAAGCCAAGUAAUAGUUGAUAUCAUGUGAUCUCUUUACCAGCUGCAUCCACCAAAGUAUGCAGAUCCAUAAUAUAUAUCCUCAUAACAUAUCACCAAGAUUCAGCAUAGAUCAGGAGCCACAAAGGUGUACUUGCAUUGGUGAAAUUUGGUAUAGCUGCAAUGAAGACAUUUGGAAAACAGAUAAAGGAAUUUUAAAUCUGUGUCUGUCCUGGAAAAUUUUGCAAUUAAAUUGACAGCAAACUGUAGACAUAAAAAGGAUUUGGGAAAGGUUGAUAAUUUCUAUAUUCUUCCUCAAAUGGCAUGCAGAAUUAAUUUGUACGUGUGUGGCUGGACUGAUAGAUGCUAGACUCAGUGAUGGAUUCUGACUUUCUGCCUGUGUACUUUUUUCCAUAAUAAAAGUAGACUACUUAUUCAAAGUCCUCAAUCCUAUUUGGAACUGCAAUGACAAAUUAAGUGAACUGACUCCAUGAAAAGUGACUAUGGCAAAAAAAGAACUGUAAACUUGCCUUACUGAGAGGAAGGAAAUACAUCACUUCAUUGACAUAGAUGACAUGGCAUCUUCGGUAUUAUAAAAGCAUCAUUGAUACAUUAUUUUUGGCCCAACUGAAUUUAGUAUGACCCUUUACUAUUAUUACCAAUCCUGUUCUCCCAUAGUGACCUCUUUGUUUAGUGAGUGUGUGAUGUAUUUGCUCGACUGCAAAUGGAAAAGAGUCUAAUCUUUUUUAAAUUAUUUUUUUGUUUUAUACUCAUUGUCUGCAGCCUGUUUCACAAAUAGGGAAAUGUUAUCUUCCCAACAGUUGUGCAAAGAGAUGACCUUUCUACCCAUUAACAGAAGACGGUCUAUCAGACAGCAAUUAAGUGAUCAAUUUUCUCAGUUGAGUAGGUCUUUAUCUUGAUUAGAAAACUAGUAAAUUCCCUUUUCUGUUUGCCAACUAAUUUGAAUGUUCUGUCCAUUCUGACCAUCUGUCCACAAGGGCUGUUACUGAAAUAGGAGGUACAGUUUAAAACUGUUACACCCUCUGUGUUUGACUGCUCCACUGCAAAUCUCCUCAAGGUAUGCCUACUUUGAAGAUGUUAUCCUCCUCUUUCCAAUGGGAGUUCUGUAACCUCUUCACUUACUGCUCCCCUUCUGUGUGAGUCUGAAGAAGGGUCCAGACCUAAAACAUCAUACUUCCAUAUUCUCCAGGGUUGCUGCCUGACCCACUGAGUUACUCUAGCAUUUUGUGUCUGUCAAUAAAACGUUACAUCAGAACACUGUAAUUGCUGAUUAUGUUCAUGUUAUAUUCUAUGUUAAUGUCAAUCUCCAGGAUUGACAUUAAGGAAUAGGAUGAAUACUGAUAUUUGUUCAUUUGUGGCAGGCAGAGGUAAACCCCUCACGUAUGUAAUUUGAAUAAUCAGACAAUCCAGCAGUGAGGAUAGACACAAAAAACUGGAGUAACUCAGUGGGCAGACAGCAUCUUUGGAGAGGAAGAAUGGGUGAAGUUUCAGGUCGAGACCCUUCUUCAGACAAGACCCGAAACGUCACCCAUUCUUUCUCUCCAGAGACACUGCCUGUUCCUCUGAGUUACUCCAGCUUUUUGUGUCUAUCUUCAAUUUAAACUAGCAUCUGCAGUUCCUUCCUACACAAUCCAACAGAGGCAUGUGUAAUCGCCAAUUAUAGAACAGCUCAAUCUCUGAUAGAUUGUACUGCUCUAUAUUAAUUGAGUGAUCACUCCAAACCAUCCUCAAUAAGUUCAAGGGCACAAUUUGGGAACUUCCAUGAUUGGGAGCACAUUUUUCAACUUCUUAAAUGGUGUUUUCUUCAUCUGCAAAUUGGAAAAUGAUGACCAAAAUCCUGAGGGCUAUUCAAAUCAGAGGACAACAUAAGAAAAGUUUAAAGGGAUAUGUGGGCAAAUGGGACUACCUUGGAUGGGAAUCUUGGUAGGCCAAAAGGCCAAAUGGUCUAUUUCCUUCCUGUAUGAAUGUGUGCCUGUUUCGCACUUGGCUCAGAUAUAAUAAUCUAAUAUCUUAGGUACACAUGCAUAAUGUAUGACCCUGUGACAUUCCCAGUAUUUUCCUGUUCUUGUUAAAUAGUACUACUGAUAGAGUUGUAAUUUUAUCCAGUCUUUUAGUUCAAUACUGAUUUUUUUUUAAUGAACGUUUUUUUUUGCAUAUGAUACACAAGAUGUGGUUCCUUAAUUUUAGUAGUAGUCUGAACAGCAGUUUAUACCAGAAAAAAAUUGUACAUAUGUGUGCUGAAAGAUUUAUAAUAUGAAACUAAAACAGCAACUGCUGUAAUGAAAGUUAAAAUCACAUUGUACAUGUGCAUCCCCGUGACUAUCUAGAUAGAUGGUUGAUCUAGAAGAACAUGCAAUGGGCAGGUGAAUGGAAACAUUUUUCUACCAUAAAUCUAAUAUUGAAACUAAUUUGGUGUUGUAGAAUAGCGACAAUUUGCAUUUGCUGUUAGAAAUGCAAAUUAAAAUUGAAUUUAGAUAUAGUAUUACCUUUUUAAUGUGAUGAAAACCAAAGUUUGAAUGUGUUCUAUAACUUUAUACAUUUUUAGUUUUAAGUCAAUCUUUAAUAGCUAUAUAAGUAUUGUGCAAACCUAAUGUAAAUAUUGCAAUUUUGGUAAAUAAAUAUUAAUGUAACAUCAUGUUGCCAGUCAGUAUUAAGUUUCAGGCUCCCUUGUUACAAGGUAUCCGUAUUAGAUAUCAAGGAAGAAGUGGAAAGUUGCCCCGGUGUAGAUACCCGACCAUUAAAUCGAAUCCAUCUCCAAUGUAAAAGAACUUACCAUCAAAUGUAAUCAUGGUUUCUCCGAUUUUAACACUAAGAAAUGAAUAGUUAUCCAACUACAGCUUAUGAUUAAAGUAGAGAAAAUAGAUAUGAUGCACAUUGUACAUAAAACAAAAAGGACAAACAUAUCAAAUGUGAAGCAGAAGUGGAUGCAUAACAAUAUUUCAGAGAUCUAUAUAUUAACCAACAUACAACCUGGCUUUUCAAUUUUUACUGCACUCUGUUAGCAUGUCCACUGGGAUGAGCUGGAUAAUGUAGGCAAAGCAGCUAAUUUUCCUUUGGAAAGAUGAGCUUUGGUUAAAAUCUAAGUAAAUGUGCUCUAAUAAUGGAAUCUCCAGCACUUUAUUCAACUAAUAUUGUGACCAUUGAUUCCCUUGAAUGUGUCAGUGAUGUUUUAUUCCUGUCAACUGUCCAGAGUACUACUUUUAAGUAUUUAUGUUUAUGAAAAGUCAUUUAAUUGUAUAUUUCCUUUCUGUUUAAUGUAAAUAUUUAAACUAUUUUCUUACUGUGCACAUUUUGAGCCAUGCAAAAACUUUAAGCAGCUACUUCUCUUCCUUAAGAAGCACUGAAGAUGUUUCGGUGGUACGGUCUUUACUUGUUAUGAAGGGAGCUUCAGCUGCCUGACCAGCUUUUAGAUCAGUCAUUUUAAAUACAGAAUUUCUAUUCAAAUUUGGAUGGUUUAUAUCUAAUGUAUGUUUCAUUUUUGGAAAGCAGCAUUUUUUAUAUGUGUGUGCGUAUAGAAGAUAUACAUACAUAUAUACAUUCACACAGAUAUAUAUGAAAUGGCAUCAUAUUUUGUUAUUUGUACUAAGUAAGUACAAUCAAAUUAUAAACUUUACCACAUAUUUCAGUGGUGGCUGACUUUGUCAAAAUGAGUUUGGAUUGGCACUUUUGCUACUGUUUUUGACUGAUUUUAAAUGUUUUAAAUGCAAAUCAAAUAUUUAUGGGGCAUAGUGUAAACUAGUAGGGCUAAAUAUCUUUUGUAAGUGUCUUUGCAUGAAAAUGAAUAUAACCAGAAUAUAGUGAAUGAAAGCAGAUGAUUAUUGUUUGGAUUUCUGCACAUCAGUGUUUCAUUCUAUCAUGAGGCAGAGCCAAAACAUGCAUUAAAAAAAUAUAUAGCUGACGUCUUUUGAAUUCAUUACUUACUUUGAUUCUAUUAGUUGUCUUGUACCAUUUUUAUUUUAUUACUGCUAGUACAGGUGGUAGCAGUCUAAAUAAAAGAAAGUGAAUUUAA